UGUGAUUUUGCUGUUAGUAACUGUUUUAGGUUGAAGUGAAUCAAUGUUCAAAUUUGACAAAAGAAAAGAAUUUUUAACAAAUGUUAAUUUAUAUCUUUAGAAGAGUAUUUCAUCAGUUCUGAGAAGAAACACCAUGAGGCUUCCAUGUACUCUGUCCAUACAGGAUAGAUGUUUAUCCUCCAAUGGGAAACAGUCGAAAAAACCAAUAAGUUCUACAGUGGCAAUUUGUAAACAUCCAAAGGCAGACAAACAUUGCUUGAUUAUAUUUAAUAGCAAAAAUCCGCAUGGAACCAAGUAUGAUUUAGAGGAGAAUUUUCUGAAAGCUCAUACCUCUUUUUUAAAUGAAGGUAAAGUAACUAUACAAUUCAAAAACCCUCCUCAUGAUAUCUACAUUCAAGCAUCUGUAAUUUUGUUGAAGCCAUUUAUCCGUCUAUUGCAUGGUAUUAUUACAAAGACUGGAAACCCAAAACUUCUUCCGAAAAGUAUGUCACUAAGUGUAACUCCUAUAUUUGUUGCACCUACUAAAUUAGUCAUAAACAAUAGAUCAGAAUAUCCUACUAAAGGAUUUCCACCUACUCUAGAAAGCUUAACAAUUGAAGGAAUAAGGAGACUAGGACUAGAUUUAGGAAUAAUGAAGCUGACAAAACUUAAAGUUUUGAAUCUUAGUGAUAACAAUAUAUCAAUGAUCCCAGAAGCUUUUAGUCUAAUGAAAAAUUUGAAAGUACUUGAUAUUUCUAAAAAUCAUUUUUACAAAAGCUCGUUGAAGGAUUGGAAAUGGCUUAGUGGCAAUUUAUGUGAUACUCUAGUUUCUCUCAAUUUGGCAGAUAAUAAACUGAUGUUUUUACCUGUACAUAUUAUUAAACUGAAAAACCUUCACACAUUAGAUGUUAGUGGUAAUAAUUUGAAAGAGAUUCCUAAUGGUAUUGGGUGUCUGAGGAGAUUGAAGUCAUUAAAAAUUAAUGAGAAUGCAAUAGAAAAAUUGCCUGGUAGUAUUAAAUGUUUGAAACUAGUGGAGCUCAAUGUAACCAAUAAUAAAUUCAAAUCUUUGAAUGUGCUGUCAUCUAAGGAUCAACUCUUACUUUCAAGAAUUACUGGAGCAGGAUCACUGAAAGAAUUGUCCUCUCAAAGAGUCUUAGAAUUGGGAUUAAGGUAUGAUGCAUCAAUUAUCCCAGCCACAGUAGUAUUUUACCUGGAUUCUGAAGCAAAAUAUUGCACUUGCGGUAAACCAUGCUUCAAAGUGUACUCAUUCAAAUGUAUCAAUUUCAAUUUGGGGUGUAUUUCUGAUGCUGUUAUCACAAAUCCGGUUAGUGGACUCUACGCGAAAGUGGAUUGUUACUUUUGUUCCCAUAAGUGUGCAAGAAUUUCUAAUGCAAAUCGAGUGCAGUUGGUUAGAUAGGACGCGGUAGAUUUGGAUUAAGUUAUGAUUUAUUUUGUUAUUCAUUAAUUCUCUUCGCACUGUAUUAGUCAAAUAUUGAGUAUUCCAAAUUUAUUUAUGAACAUAAAAAUGAAUUCACUUUUUUAUUUCAUUUUUCAUUUGUUUUCUUCUUUAUUUUCCCCACAUAGUUAUCCUCCAGAUUUCACGGGAAUUCACAGUUUUGAACUCAUUAUUUUAAUAUUAAUGAAUUUUUGAUAUCCAAUGUAUGAUUUUAAGAACAAAAGAGUUUACCUCUAUGGAAUAGUUAGGCUUCAAAUUUUGUUAAAAUUCACAAUUUUCAAACUAUGUACCUUUUAUAAUAUUUAUUGGUUUUUUGGUAUCCAAUGUACGAUUUUAAUAACUGCUAUCUUAUAAAAUAAAUUUCCUCUAUCAGAUAACAUGGACUUUAUUCAAUAUAUACGUAUAGCAUAAUAAACCUAAAAAAGAUGCCGCAAGAUUUUAGUAUGAUUGUCAUACUGGUUUGAAGAUUUCUUCAGCUAGCUGCAUUUAUCUGUACUGUUUCAAAAGCAAAUUAUAUUUUAUAGCAAUCAUUUGAUUUGAGUUGCUGCUUACUUUGUGAAGUUAA